AUGGAGGGUGUACUUUAUAAAUGGACGAAUUAUUAUAAUGGAUGGCAACCUCGGUAUUUUGUAUUAGAUGAAACAGGUGUUCUUUCAUAUUAUAAAUCAAGUGAAUUAAUUCAUGAAGGAUGUAAAGGUUCAUGUUUAGUACUUGCCUGUGAAGUGAAAGUUCCUCCACAUGAUCCAUUUCGUUUUGAUUUAAUUAUUCCUGGCGAACAAUUUUUUUGUUUAAAAGCUAAAUCACAACCUGAACGACAACGUUGGCUUGUUGCUUUAGGAACACAUAAAUCAAGAGGAACAAAAUCUACAACAUCAAUUCCAAUUAAUAAUAAUAACAAUAAUAAUAAUACAUCAUCAACAUUAGUUACACAUUUAUCAGCAAUUGAUCAAGAAAUAAAACUAAAAGUACAAGAAUUACGUCUCUAUGAAACAGUUCUUACACAACGUGUUCAUGCUAUUAAAUCUAUAGCAAAUGAUACACCAAUACCUGAUGUUAAAAAAUUAGAUGAAUCAUCAUCAAUGUUAAAUAUAACAUGUGAUGCAUUCAUUCAUACACUUGACGAAUGUGUUAAAUUAGCGACUGGUGAUUCAUCUCAAUCUUUACUUUUACUUUCUCCAUCUCCACGAAAACUUUCAAAUAGAAUCUCAACUAAUCGACAGUCAUUUACUGAACAUGAACCCACUAAAUCUGUAAAUUCAAUAGCAACAACAAUUUUACCAAAACAAAUUAUUUAUAAAACAUUUUUCUCUCAACUACCUAAUACAUUCGCACAAUUAAGUUGUUUAGCAUUUCAUGAAAUACAUUCUGAACUUUUUCUUUCUAUCUGUGAACAAUAUCUUACUCUUAUUGAUAAAUUUAAUAGUACAACAUUUACUCCAUUACGUGCAGAUGCUAAUGGUAAUAUUAGUAAAUUAAGAAGAAAAAUAAGUAAUGAUCCGAGUAAAUAUCAAACUUUAUAUUCAAUUGUUAAUGAUGAAAUAAUAUCAAAAACAAUAAAAGAAAAAAAUUCCGCAACUGAUUCACUUCUUUGGCUUAAAAGAAGUAUUCAUUUUCUGUCAUGUUUUCUUCAUGAAUUUGGUCAAGGUGAUCAAACUGUUGAAGAUGCUAUGAAUAAAGCUUAUGGACAAACAUUAAAACGUUUUCAUGGUUGGAUUACACGUGGCGUUUUUUCAAUAGCAUUUCGAUCAGUUCCUUACAAUGAAGAUUUUCUUAUUGCUCUUGCCAUUGAUUCAAACGAUGCUCGAGAAGUUCUUUUCGAACAACAGGUAUUGAACGAAAUGACCGAUCAUAGUUUAAAUAUGAAUAUUGUUGUAAAUAAAAUAACUGAAUUUUAUAUUGAACAUGAACUUGAAUCUGAUGAAAUUAUUGGAUGA